ACGCAUUCGGCGUUCCAUUCCAUUUUGAAGCUUCGACCAUUCAUCGUUCAGCCGUCGAGCGCAUGCGAACGCUGGCCGAGUCGCGUUCGGAGCAGUUAAGAGCUCCAAACAAGCUCGCUUCAGUUCCUCGUUCAUAUACUGCAUUUUGAUUAUCGAGUUUUCUUCAUUAAUCGCGUGUCGAGCACGUGGCCGUCUUCUUCGUCGGCAUGGAAUCGAAAAACUCGACGUUGGAGUCUCCUGACGAUAUCAUGCUGAUCGAGGCUGUGAAGUGUUCAGUGAUCCAAGAGGGACGUAAUGAAUCUGGUGUGAUGGAAGAGGACUUCUUCUUGAUAUCACAGGAUCAGACAGGACACUAUCCGGAAGGGAACGUCGAGGACACGAUGUCCCAGGGACAUCAAGCGGAAACUACGACUGCGUGGAAUCGUCUCUGUAGAAUAUGUGCUAAUGUGAGCAAUUGCACGAUCCCGAUCUUUGAGGAGGAAGGAGCGGAGCAUGACUUGUCCAGCAAAAUACUCAAGUACCUGCCGAUACACGUGUGUACAGUAAACACUGAAGAUUACUUUAAGUAUCGAUGACAUUUAUUAAUGAAC